AUUAUCAGUUUAUGACUUCAUUUUAUAAUUUGCGCGAACUUUUGAUAAUUUUAUUUCAUUUUUGAAAAAUCGGGCAACUAUUUGAAUUUUUGAAACUAUGAAAAAUGCCAGUUUGUGUGAAAUGUAAAACUAAGAAAAGUCGUUUAGACUAUUUCAGUUUUCCAACUGACGCCGAGGUGAAGGAAAAAUGGUUGGAUUUUCUCAAAUCGGAUGGGCUUAGAUGGCGAAAGGAAUCAAAACUAUGCUCCAGACAUUUUACACCGGAUUGCAUUAUUACUGAGGCAGAUCAGAGAAUCUUGAAAGGUGGAUCUGUACCGACUCUUCAAGUUCAAAAAGAAACCAAACCAAUUCCGGCGAAAAGGUAUUCGAAGACGAAGAAAUGUAUCUUGUGUGGCAAUAACUCCCUUGAUCUCACGUAUUUUCCUAUUCCUAAAGAAGCGGCGAUGAAAGAAAAAUGGGAAAAAUUUUGCGAAUUCGAAUUUGGUGAAGGAAACUACAAUCUUUGUCACCUUCAUUUUAAACCGAAGUACGUUACAAUGGGAAAUAACGGUAAACGAAAACUAGCAUCGAAUGCCAUCCCAUCGAUAUAUUUUGACGACUAUCAAUUCGAGUUUAUACCUGUUGAUCGCAAUAAAACAAAUAACGAAGACAGCUCAAGUGAUGUAGAAUGCGUUACCAUCGAACCAUCUGACCACUCAUAUACUGCUCGAAAUCAAGACGAAGAUUCGAUCAUUUCGAUAGACUACGAAGAAUGUAAUACGUCUCCGAGAACGUCCGCUAUAAAUGAUAAAACAACUUCGAAUUCCAUUUCAAACGAUAUCGUCAACAUUUUCAUUCCAAGUUACGAAGAUCAAGUUGCGGACAACAAUAAUUCAACGAAUAACGAGUCUGCAUCGUCUUCAAACCAAACUGCCAAAAAAAAAUCCGUUGCGGUGUAUAGUCCGUCAGGAAGAAAAAAACGAAUGUACUACCCUGGUGAUCUAAGAGACGACGAUAUUAAUUCGCUCGAGGUGGCUAAAAUCAGUAUUCAAAAUUUUCGUAAAGUUAUCGAUAAGAAAAGUAAAACCAUCAAAGUUUUAAGUGUGAAAGUCAGAAGAUUACAAAAUAAAAACGCGUCUCUGAAGGAAACAAUACGUCAAUUACGAGCUGAAAAAGCUGCGAAAGAAGCUAAAGAAAAAGAAGACUUAUUUGAAGUGAAAGGGUGGUGGGAUUCUUAGCCUCACGCUUGUUUUAUAUGUAUUAUUUAAUUCGUUUUUUUAUACUCGUACUUCUGUAAAUAAUUCAUCAGAUGUGCCUAUUCUUAUGUGUGUUUUUCCAAGUUAAAUAAAUCUUUCGUUCCUCGCGUUCAUUUUCAA